CGUGGGGGAAAAAUUAGUAAAUGACGAGCCCGGGAGAAUUACCCCAGCUAUCGUUAUUCUUUAUCAACGUAUCUCCUGCGAUUAUUUGGCAUUCUUUACUUUUCUCCUAUCCUUCCUGAUUUUUCCGAGUCUUCCUGCAAUUACAUCUAUAGGUCUAGCUAUAUAUACCUCUCUUCCCCAAAUAUCCAUUGAAGAACAAUCAUCGAACUCACCACUGCACAACCAUGGCCACGUUCUCACGUCUUAUCCGCUUCCUCGCCAAAGACGGCCACGUCUACUACGGCGACGCCCUCCUCCCAACCGGCAUAUCCGACAUCGCCAAAGCAACCCAAGCCCGCGUCAUCACCGGCGAUAUCUUCGGCACCCACCGCAUCACCGACCAAAUCGCCGAUGUCCGCAUGCUGCUCGCCCCUCUUGCCCGCAAAGACAUUCGCACCGUCCGCUGCCUGGGCCUCAACUACGAACAACACGCCAAGGAAUCCAACCUGCCCAUCCCCAAAUACCCCGUCCUCUUCUUCAAGCCCGUAACCGCUAUCUCCGGGCCCACGGACGAUAUCCCCGUUGCGCCCAUCGCGCAGGAAGGCGAGGGGCUGGAUUAUGAAUGCGAACUUGUCAUCGUGAUCGGGAAGGAGGCGAGGAACGUUUCUGAGGCGAACGCGUUGGACUAUGUGCUUGGGUAUGCGGUGGGCAAUGAUGUUUCGCAUCGUGACUGGCAGAUCAAGCGUGGCGGUGGGCAGUGGGGGUUGGGCAAGGGAUUCGAUGGAUGGGCGCCAUUGGGGCCGGGAAUUGUUUCAUCGAAGAUUAUUCGCGAUCCGAAUGCGUUGCAGAUUGGAACGAAGUUGAACGGGAAAGUCGUGCAGUCGUCGUCGACGAAGGAUAUGAUCUUUGGCGUGGCCAAGACGAUUGCUUUCUUAUCGCAGGGAACGACUUUGUUACCUGGUGAUUUGAUCUUUACUGGAACUCCGCAAGGUGUGGGUAUGGGCCGUAAGCCUCAGCUGUGGCUGAAGGAUGGCGAUCAGGUGGAGGUCUCCCUCGAGGGUGUGGGAUCGAUCUCCAACCGUGUGGUCUUUGAUAAGCCCAACCCGAAGCUGUGAUGGGAAAUGGAGCAAAAACGAGGAAGGUCGGAGUCGAUGCUCUCGAUAUAUACCCACUUGAUAACAGUUAUCAUUCACAUCCAAUGCUUCGUCUACAUUCAAUCUCAAUACGAUACGAUCAGUUCAUACGAUUAAUUCAUGAUUCUCCCUGACAGAGAUCCAUUAGGCUCUUCAUGUAGGUGAAAAUUAGCUGGAAAACAGAACAAGUAGAGGUUAUAGCAUCACCGAUCUAAACCGUCUGAGCUCCAUAUCCCUUGAUCCUCUCGGCAAACGCCCAGCUCUGUCCCUCCAGUUGCUCAUCCUCCUUGAGGUCAAUACCCUCCUUAGUAAUCACCGCUAUCGAGUAUUUAUCCAGACUCCGCGCAUCACGGUAAAACAGAACCUUCAAACACUGCUUCAACGCAUCCACCGCCUCCUCCCGGCUAAUCUCUUCAAUCGGCUUCUCCUCGGGGAACAACCGACGCAGAAUUGGAACUGCCAAGUGAGCACCGAAUCCAGUCGCCAAAUGCGGCGCAGAGAACGUGGUACCCAGCAGAUCCGCAGAGCUGAGGAACGGCUUGCCCUCGCCAUCGAAGCCGGCUACCAGCACGUGGUUCCACAGGGGGUUGAACUCGGAGCGUCGCUUGUAGAAGACCUUGGCAAGGUAGGUAUGCAGAUUCUUGGCAUUAAGCAUGUUGCCGUGAGAGGAGUAGUUCUCGCGGAUAUCGAUCGAUUCGAGGAGUCGGUCAAGGUAUUGCAUGUCCGACACGUCGCCGCCAAAUCCGACGACGGCCUGGUCGCCGAACACGCGCAGACGCUUGGUGUCCGUGAAGCGGGCGAGGGAUCCAUAGGAGGCUGUAAUCCGAUGAAGAUGACGUUAGACUUUUGUAGCCUUAAUGUCUGAGUGGAAGGGGAAAAGGGUUACUAGCAUACCCAGGUUAUCGGUGGCCAAGGCGACACCACCGUUAAAUUUCACACCGAUGACCGACGUACCGGUCACGGCCGGUGAAGUGGUAUGUGUUUUGGGACCCGUGCUCUGGAGAUAUGAAGGGUCGUAAGCUCCGUAGACAUCGUUCCUGGGC